UUGGAUUGAGCAACUCUAUACUUAAAAACAGGCAAAAAACUUUUUUAUUUUAAUAAUCGUCGUAUACGAACUUUGUUCUCUUUAUUUGAAUUCCUAAACGGUGACAAAACAAUUCUGCAAAGUUUUCGUAUACGUUUCAGUGGCAUUGUGAUUUUUUUUUGAAAAGUUCAUCCCCAAAAAGUGUCACAUGUCAUUACAUUUUUUAAACAAAUCUAUCGAAGUCAACGUGGACUUAAUCGACUAAUUUUCUUUCCAAAGUCUCCAAUGGAUUAUUGGAUGAAAAUUGUGUGCCGUUCGUGCUGGCUAAUUAUUACCGCCGGAUGGCUCUGUCUGGAUGCUACUGCUUCGUCUGUCGAUGACUUCCGGUAUUUCCGCAACGAAGUGCCGACAUUCGCCAAAGAGAUUGAGAAUGCAACGGUGCCCGUGGGUCGCGAAGCGACUCUUUCCUGCGUCAUCUACAACCUCGGCAACUUCAAGGUGGCGUGGGUCCGGGUAGACACGCAAACGAUCCUGACCAUUGACGACGUGGUGAUCACGCGGAGCCAGCGCAUCUCGGUUCGGCACAUGACGGACGCCAGCAUCGACCAUCCUCAUUACCUGCAUCAUCCUCAUCAGCAGCAUCCACACAAUCAUCAUCAAAAGAACAAAAGUCUCUUGUUGCAAUCGCCUCCAGCCGCGGAGGGAUCCACCGUGCAGCCAGAGACGCAUAGAAGACCAUCCAGCGGGAGCAUCCACAAGACUUGGCAGUUAAUUAUCCGUGACGUGCAGUCAUCCGACGCCGGACUAUAUAUGUGCCAGCUGAACACGGAACCCAUGACCAGCCAUACGGCCUACCUCAGUGUGACAGUUCCGCCCGAUAUCGUCGACAGCGAAAGCAGCGGUGACGUCAUGGUGACCGAAGGUCAAAACACGACGCUUCGUUGCAGCGCUACCGGUCACCCAUUGCCCGUCAUCACUUGGCGUCGCGAAGACGGCCGGCCCAUUCAAAAUCACGCGUUAACUGUGGAAGGAUCGGUACUCCACUUGACCCGUAUUCCCCGCCAACAUAUCGGCGCGUACCUUUGCAUCGCUUCGAACGGAGUACCUCCCAGUGUGUCCAAAAGAUUUAUGCUACGAGUCCAAUUUCCACCGAGUGUAACGGCCACCAAUCAACUGGUCGGAGCCCGGCAAGGCGACAACAACAUCACAUUAGAGUGCCAUUGCGAGUCAUUCCCAAAGCCGGUCGUCUAUUGGCUCCGCCACGGCACCGGAGACGUCGUAGUCAGCGGUGUCAAACAUCGCGAGGAAAAGCGAGAAACGAACCACUACAAGGUCUCAAUGCAGCUCGUUUUUCUACAUCUGGAACGUGAAGAUUUUAUGGCUUAUCAGUGCGUUUGUCGUAAUACCCUGGGCAUUGCUGAUUCCGUUGUCCGACUUUACCAAAUCCAUCCGGUGGCUGACGAUGGCAACGAAAUUUAUUCAGAAGCUGACCAGCAAGAUGGACUUGGCGGAGGAAAAGAGCAACUUAGCAGCACCUGGGAUGCAGAGAAAUCCAAGGAAGAGUCGUCAACUAAACGAUUAGCAGUCAAUAAACAUGCGUCAGCCAAGACCCAAUUGGUCGUCGGUGGGCGGUCCAGCUCAGCUGUCGACAUUUCUUCUUGGUUUCUUUCGGUAGUUUGCAUACUAGUCUCAAUGACAAAGACGAGAUAGUGUUUUUUUAUGCUAAUGAUUUGACUUCGUUAAACUUUAUUAUUUUAAAUCGUCUAUUUUAACUCUGCCCUUUUGUUGAUAUACAGAUUCAUAUACUGGAUUAUUAUUAAUUUUAGUGGAAAAUGAUAAUGUGCUUUCAAUGUUUCUUUUUUUUUUUAAGUUUUGUUGUCUGUAAUAAUUAAUAAUAAGAAAAAAACGAGAUAUAUUUAACAGGCAAAUGGUACAGCACAAAGGCCGUUGGAUCCUUAUGGAUCGUCUGCCGCUGUAAUAAUAAAUAUCAAUAUACACAAACAAAAGAAGAAAAAAAGUUUCCCUUGUUUGUGCAUGUGUGUUUUUAUGAAAAAAAAAAGAGAAAAACAAAAAACAAAAAUAGAUCUAAUACAAGUGUGUAAAGCGA